AUGGAGCAUGGUAUGAAAUUGAUGGAAGGAAGUGCUUCCGAAUCUGAACAAGGGGUUCAAGAGGUUGAGCAAAAUUAUGCAGAAUUUGAGGCUGAAGUUGAAGAAAUUCAAGGAGUUCCCAACUUUUCGCUUACGGAAAUAUAUUCUCUUAUUGUAAUUUUGAACAAUCUAACAGUUGGAAUAUUACAACAAUAUUCGAAUUUUCGUUUAGAAAUAAUUAUAGACAGCUAUUGCAAUCCUGAAGCUCUAGCUUGUAAAAAAAUUAAAAAGGUUAUUGGAGUGUAUAAUGACAUUUUUUGCCAAGAAGGAGAAUCAGAAAAUGCGAGAAAUCAUUAUCUUACCUUAGGUCUUUUUGUUUUUGCCCGAAAGUUCAUCCGUUCAUUCUUUAACCUUCAUGGUACAAAUAAAUACUAUGACAACUUGGUUGAGCGGUUUAAUCCGUAG